GUCAUGGGGGGCGGAGUUUACUGUGACUGAAAGACCAAAUGACCAUUGAGAGAGACAACAUUUGAUAUUAUGGAAUUUGUCAAACAAGGAGAAGGAGCAUUUACAGUAGCUAGCUAAAACGAAGAUUUUGAACUCAUUUAGCUGAUUUUUGAAGGUGGAUAGGUUUUUCUUAAGGACAACACCUUCCUUUUUCAGCUGUUCUCGCUGCGCAAGGCUGCUGCUUAUACCAGCUCUUUGUGUCGACAUGGUUUGUUUUUGUUGAAGAGAGAGAGAGAGAGAGAGAGAGAGGUUCUCCUGGCUUUGACUAGGAAGCUGUCGACGUACAUUAAAGUGUCAGAAAUCGGCAUUUAAGUGACCAAAUCGUGUCAGGAGGAUAGAAAGUAGCGUCAGUUAGGACAUUAUAUCUGAACAGUGAGGUGUUGGAGGAGUUGGAGAGGAAGGAGAUGGGCAAUUGUCUAAAAUCUCCUACUUCAGAUGACAUCUCUUUGCUUCAUGAGUCGCAGUCAGACAGAGCCAGCUUCGGCGACGGUACUGAUCCGGACCAGGAGCCUCCACCGCCUUACCAGGAGCAGAUCCAUGUACCCGUUUACCACCCCACUCCGAGUCAGACGCGUUUGGCGACACAGCUGACUGAGGAAGAGCAAGUGCGCAUCGCACAGAGGAUUGGCCUCAUUCAGCACCUGCCCAGGGGGGUGUUUGACCCUGGCAGUGACGGCACCGAGAAGAAGAUAAGAGAGUGUGUGAUCUGCAUGCUAGAUUUUGUGUAUGGGGAUCCGAUCCGGUUCCUGCCUUGCAUGCACAUCUACCACAUGGAUUGCAUCGAUGACUGGCUGAUGCGCUCCUUUACCUGCCCCUCCUGUAUGGAGCCUGUGGAUGCUGCACUUCUGUCCUCCUACGAAACCAACUGAAAUUAAUCACCUACGCACGCACACAUGCACGCACACACACAAACACACACACUCUCUCCCACACACACUGUCCCUGCCCUUCUUUUUGGAACUAUCCCACCUAUAGACAGGGGACAGGUCAGAGCUAUUUCUCAUAGCAUUAUGGGAUAGUACAGGACUGCUCUCCUGGGUUGUCCUGCUGGACAGGGAAACCUGCAGGAGCCGCACGAGUGAGACUCUUUACAACAUCCUGACAACCCGGACCAUUCUGCUGUGCCACCCCUUACACUGGAAAGCAGAAAACAGUUUAAAAAAAACAAAAAGUACUGAAAGAGAUGGAAGGGGAAAAUGCAAUUUGUGUUUUCACUCCCUUUCUCUGUGUGUAAUGCAUUGGGGUGUGACUGACUCUUUUUUUUUUCUUUCAUUCUUUCUCUCCUGUUUCCAGUAAGGGCUUGUCAGAAUUUCAGCUGAGAAAAAAAAAAAAGAUGAAACGUGCUUGCACCUAAAUUACAAAUAGUGAAAUUUGCACUUCUCACAGACAUCUUUCCCCACAGAGCGCCUUGUUCUACAUGUAUGGGCGUGUACAACUCAUUGAACUCAUUCCAUUCAGCUCACAGCCUCUUGGUUUCCUUUAAGCAUACUAACCAUAUCCAGUUGCUGCAGGACAUGCUUUGGUGGAAGCUGGGAAGUAGAACCCUUAGGCUGAAAAAUUGUCCUUUUAUUGUUUUAGGGGAUAACAUACAGUGCAGUCCAGCUAACUUGAUUGUGACUUUUCUGUGUUUUGGCACAUGGAUUUGAAGUGAAACUUACUAUGAAUUUGAUGCGCAGAUUGCCAGCUAUAAUUUGAGGGGGUGUAUAUUAUGUGUGCCAUCCAUAUUGGGUCAACCUUGUAGAAAUUAUAGCUUUAUAGGAUUUAAAUACAGUGGGUGUUUCCAAACAAUAACUAGUUGAACAAACUAAUUACUGUUUUAAGGUUUAAUAAAUUUACCAGUACAUUAGUCGUUUGCUAUUGUGGUUCAGAAUAUGUCCAGUAGGUGGAAACAUUGCAUUAAGGUGGGCCUACCAGUGAUACAGAGUGGGAGGUGAUUAAAUAGGUGGGGCUUAGUGUAUGAGCAGUGCAUAGUCAUAGGGAUCUUCUCAUUUCUUUAAUUGUGCUUUGUCAUUUCCUUUCCUUGCUUCUUAGCUCCUCCCUCUGAGGAACUGAGGAAAGGGUGCAAAGAAAGGAAAUGAGGACCGGAGAAAUGUGGAACAAGUGUAUUUGCCCAGUGAGACUAGUUUGCUCACUGAAUUAUAGAGAAUCCACUGAUUUCAUCUGCUGAUGGCAUCUUGCUCAGUUGUAUAGAAAAAUAGGAAUCACAUUCUGAAUCAAGCUUGGUUAAAACAUUAUUGCAUGGGUACACACACUUAAAUGUUGAUAUUUUGGCCUCAACCUAUGAUUCACAUUGUUUGAAUGUGCAUGUGAAAUUUAAAUCCAUAUUCUCCUAAAUACCCGAGCAAUGUGAUAAAAUGGAGAAGUGAUGUUCUCUUGGUUGUGUGGGACAGCUAGCAUGCCGUGUUUGGCAAGUCCAAAGCACUGCCUCUAUUUCCUUUUUGUAAGCCCAUAUCCAGUGCUGCCACAUUCAUAUGAUAAAGAGCUACAAAAAUAUUGUAAAAUGUUUAUCCAAUUAAAAAACAGGCUCAGAUUUGUUACAAUGUGAUAGAUACUGGAACCAUUUUCUUUGCCUGCAGCAUGUCUGGAAAGCCUGUAAAAAUGUAAACAUUUCCUGUUUCACUGGUAGGCCAAAUAGUUUAUUAAGGCAGGCUGCUAUUUGCCAGCUCUUAGAAUUUGGUCUUGGGGACAAAUUAGAUCCUGCACAGGAGAAGAGUCUGCAUAAACCAACCAAACGCCUUAAAAUAUAGCCUACUGUGGCACAAUGACCUGAAAUAUGGCGCUAAAGCAGCUUUUGAGGUUUUCAGAGCCAAAUGGUUGAGUGUUCUUGACUGUUCAAAUGAAUCACUCUGCCUGUGUCAGACUGACCGUCUUAUUUACUAAAGAAUGAAGGUAAAAGCAUGUAAAAAUCUGCGAAAGACUGUGACAGAGUUCUGUAAGAACUUUAGAAGAAAGAUAUAUAGCACAUAGUGAUCACUAUUAAUUGCACGCUUCAGUUGUAAGAUGUUAAUUUCUUUCGGUCAUCUGAAGGACCAAACGACAUGAAUUAAUAGGGCUGUGAAUCCUGUAUGAUGAAUCCAGUAUCGCUGUCUGUCACUGUCCAGUUACUUACAAACUGCACGUCAAGAGCUCUUUUUGAUUUUAUGAUGAUAUUGCCUUGGAAUACAGUAAAGACUCUGAAGCACUGCCCUAGUGCUGUUAGAUUAGCUCAGCUUUUUUUUCCAUUUGAGUGUAUAGUUUUCUUUUAAUUAUGCUACAGCUUGUCUAUUACCAGAACCAAAUAAUUUAUUUAAAUGUAAGAGCAGGCGAUUAAUUAAGUUGUGGGGAUGAACUGUAGCCCUUUUUUUUUUUGUUGUUUUUUUUUUUUUUUGCUAUGAGCAUUAAUAAUUAUUCAAGAAUGAGUUGUAAUUACUAGGAAUAAUUGUAACUAUUGGGUAAUAGUGUAUGAAGUUUCUUGUUUGUUAGUCAGCGAUUACUAGGUGCAAUAAUACACUCUGGUGUGCAUUAAAAAUGAAUUUCUGGGCCCUUUUUUUGUGUAAUCCAAACCCUGUAAUUCAUAACUACUAAUCCACACCAUAAUGACUCAGAAACCGGAAACGAGUGCAGUCAUCACAUGAUAAACUUUGUCACUUUUAUUUGCAGAGUGUCUGUGUGUUAUUUUUUUCUUCUGUGUGCAUCUGACUUCAUGUUAAAACAUAUACAUUACAAUUGUAUUGUUCUUAUUGUACAUAUAGAUUAUUUUAUGACUGUAAUUUUUAUUUUACUCAAAUGUUCAACAUUCGAAGUCCAUCAAGCAUUACCAUAAAGAGUGCAACUCUAUAUGACUUUUGAAAAGAACUGAUCCUUGACCCGUCACCAUGGCUCUGGUUCAGCCAGCAGCAAAAAGCAGUACUUCCUUUGGACUCUAUACUGUGUCUCCAUUUGACCCUUUCUUGUAAAAAAAAAAAAAAAAAAAAAACCGCUUAAUAAAAAGGUACAAAUGUGAAAUGAAAACUGAGUGAUCUGGACAUGCAAUGACAAGAAAUUCAACUCACAUUUUUAUCUGAAAUGUCCCUUGAUAUUCUUGUUUGUUCAGAUAGAAACCCUUCCUUCUUUUCUCCCAUGUUUGAUGGUGAAGCACAAAAGAAUACAUAUAAUGUUCUAUUUUUCUAAGCUUGGUGGUGUUAGUUCUAUAAAAGAUAGUCAUUGUCAUGCUUAAAGGAAGUGGAACCUGAUUUUAUGUGCUGUUUCUCUGCUCUUGAGAUAGGGGUGUUUUUUGUCCUGUUACCAAAUGCCAUCUCUAAAUUUCCCCAAACAUGUAAACAAAACCGAAACACAGAUGUGGCUGCUAUUAAAGUUUAGUUUUUCCA